CGCCAUUUACCGGAAGUCCGUGUCGGAUCUCGCUUCGGAUUGACAACAAAAUAAACAGGAGUGAAACAUGAAGCGGUCAUCGCUGAGCUGAAGCGGGUUCGAGAGGACAUGGAGUGCUAAAGCUCUCUUAGUGCGGCAGCAGCAUGGAGGAGAUGCAGGGGGUCGAGGAUGAUAAUCAUAACUGUCGCGCGGAGGCUGUGAGUGUGUGUUCACCUGCGCAGGUGUGUGUGGACUCCGACUCCUGCAGUGACACCUGUGAGUCCACUUCUGCGCUGCUGCUCAACUCCACCGCCAAGUUCCACUUGAACGUGAUGACAGCAGAAGAAUACAAGACGGUUUACUGGCCAAAACUAGAGCAAGCCAUUGAGCACCUGCUCACUCAAAGCCCGAUGGAGCACAUCUCCAUCUCAUACGAGCAGAUCUACAGUCAGGUUUAUAAGUGUGUGUGCCAGCAGCACUCCGAGCUGCUCUACAACGACCUGAUGUGGAAGAUCAGGUCUCAUCUAGAGCAAGUGUCUUCAGAGCUACAGGCCAGUCCAGCAGAAGAUUUAAUAGAAAACUUUAACCUGGCUCUGACGCGGUACACAGCCGCUCUGCACUGCAUCGUUCCCGUCUUCAUCUAUAUGAACAAGUUCUACAUUGAGACGAAGCUGAACCGUGACCUGCGGGACGAUCUCAUGAAGCUCUUCUCUGAUCACGUCGCAGAGAAACACGUCGGCACGCUCCUGCCUCUUCUUAAAAAGGCUCAUUCCAUGCCGUUUCAAGUCAAACCAUCAACGAUGGCGAGUGUUGUGAAAGGUCUUUAUGCCCUCCGGCCAGACUGGGUUCCUCUCGCUCCGGCUCUGUUCUCUAGAUUCAUUCCUCAGAUCCACCCUCCUGCUCUCGAAUCUCAGCUCCUGUAUUACGCCGAUCAAGAUAAGAAACUGCAGCUGGAGCUCCAUCAGAACGGCUUCUCCAGGGGCGAUCAGUCGCGGAAGCGAGCGAGUGAAGAGUCGUGACGGAGAAGUGGAGCUUGAUUACGACUGCACUCGCCGACAAGCUGCUGCGAUCGAAGCCUCCGUACUUCAUUAAAAAUCACUUCACAGCAGACUUUAUCUGAUUCAGAGACACUUCAUCUCUUCAUACAGUCUCAGUUAUUCACAGACGCAUUACACAACUACACAGACACGAGCAUCACCUCCCGGGCCUUUGUGGGAUUGCCUCUUUUCUCUUGCUGUGGAUUUAUUUCACAGUGUUCAUCAGAUUUCCAGGUUGAUUAUUUUGAAGCGUGCUCUCCUCAUUUGUCGUUCUGUGAAAUCAUAAGGUUUGCUGUGAUUUCAGAAAUGAUGUAGGAUCCAGAAUCUGAAUGAAGGUAUUCAAAAUCCAGAUUCUUACCCAGUUAUUUUAUUUCUUUUAUUUUAGGAUCACUACUGUAGUUUUAAACACGUGAUGACUAUUUUACCUAAUAAUAACGUGCCUUUGGCUGAUCGCCUUUUUCCCUUUUUAUAAGUGAAAUGUAAAGUCAAUCAUUUAUUACGACAGCUGUUGAUUUUUCCUCACAUAUUGAAUCUGGAAGCACGACAGUUUGUAAAAAAAACAGCACAGGUAAAGGACAGGUGUGAUGUAAAGGGCUGCUAAUAAUUUAUCAUGACACUGAAACCAGAAUUGUGUGUAAUAACAUUCAUCAAGUCAUUACAAAGCAAUAUUAUACAUAUAUAAUGCUAAAUAUAUCAUUAGUUAAUGCGCAUUUCAUUCAUAAAUCUUCAAAUUUGAAUAAACGUGAAGUAUAAUAUAAGCAUUAUAUAGUAAUGUUAUUAUAAUAUUGUUUAUGGGUUAAUAAAAAAUUAUAAAGCAAAACGGAAGCAAAUUUUUUUGAGAAAAAAAUUAAAAUUGUUAAUAACUUCUAGUGAGUCAUUAACAAGCAGUAUUAAGUUAUAUAAUGUUAAAUAGAUCGUUUAGUUAAUGCACAUUUAUUCAUAUAUUUAGGCAUUAUAUAAUAAUGUUGUUCUAAUAUUGUUUGUCUUAAUAAAAAUUAUCAGACAGUGCCAGGAGAAGCAAAACAUUGAUCAUAUUUGAUUUAACUCUGCUUAAAGACAGUUGUAUGUGUAAAAUAAUCUUUUUUACGAGAAUUUCAUUAUAAACUCUUUAUAAAACUGUGUAUGAAGUGAGCAAAAUGGAAAGCAGAACACUUGAAAAUGAAUUGUUAUUAACCAACUGAAUAUGAUCUCACUUGUUUUUGUCAUUUUCUGUUGUUUUGUAUUAUAGUUGAAAUCUAAAAGCAUCACAGUGUAUGUUUUGCAUUGCAAUAAAGAUCACUGAAGAGAAAA